UGUACGCUCGCUCAGUUUACGGUAUUAUUUAAACUUUCGAAACUUAGUAUUUUUCCGUUGCAACGAAAAUGGAUUUGCAAUAUGAAGAAAAUGGUACGCCGUUCGUGAUGUGGGGAGACAGUAAGAUCCAGCUGGAGAAUUGGCCGAUCACGGAAAAGUUUUACACAGAAAAGGCAGAGACCGAAUUACGAGAGACGCCCGAAGGAGUUGCGAAAGCUUUACGAGAACUAAGAGAACUAUUAAAAGGUGAAAAAAACCUUAACAUUCCUAUUGACAAUGAUGACUUUCUGAUGAAAUUCCUCAGGCCCUGCAAAUUUUAUGCAGAGAGUGCUCUAAAGAAGAUACAAGCAUUCUACAAAUUCCGCCAAGCGCAUGCAACCUACUGCCAUGACCUGAUGCCGUCGGUGGUGCGAGCCGCCUUCGACCACUCCAUCAUAUCCAUCCUGGCGCCGCGCGACCAACAUGGUCGCCGCAUCAUGUUCGUCGAGUCCGGCAAGGGCUGGGACCCUCGCGCGGUGCCUCUAUCCGAAGUGUUCCGCGGCGUGCAGCUGGGCCUGGAGGCAGCCAUGACAGAGCCGCGCACGCAGGUCUCCGGCGUCAUCGUCAUCAUGGACAUGCAGGGGCUGGCCCUUAGUCACGUGCUGCAGUUCACGCCCUCCUUCGCCAAGAUGGUCGUUGAAUGGGUGCAGGAUUGCAUCCCGAUCCGGCUAAAAGCGGUGCACAUCGUGUAUCAGCCGUACGUGUUCAACAUGGUGUUCGCGCUGUUCAAGCCAUUCCUGCGCGAGAAGCUACGCUCGCGCAUACACUUCCACGGCAACAACAUGGACUCGCUCAAGGCACACGUGGACGGCAAAGCGCUGCGUCCGCGCCACGGCGGUUCGCUGCCCGAGGUGGAGGUUACUGGAGAGCUGCUGUGGAAAAUGCUGUCACAUUACGAGGACGGUUUUAAAAGUAGGUUUUAA